UCUACCUCCUGACUGGAGUUUAGUGGUCCUCACUUCUGAGCUUCAGACUUUUUGGAAGCUACAUUUGGAAAUAAGGAGCCCUUGCUGAGGGGGAGUGAACUCACUGUGGCCAAGAGACUUUCCAUCUUUGGGUCCUAAUGUUUUUGAUCUGUAAGGCAGGAGGGCUCAUCUGUGUACUGUGUGCAGUAAAACAUUCCAGCCAUCUGUCAGGAAAGUGUUCCCACUAUGGAUUUCAAGUCUGUCCCAGAGCAGCAGUCCAGGACCAGGACCUCUUCUAGGGAGAUGAGAAGACUGAGUCCUACAAACAUUAAAUGAUUUCCUCAAGCAGCCUCAGUGCAUAAGAAUUGGGGUCCAGGCCGCCACUCCGUCAGCCUGCCUCUAGGUGUGAAGGAGCGAUUGCCUGAUCAGAAUGGCUGUGGAAUGGUUUUACCUGUCGGCCCUGGCGCUGUUCUCCCUGGGCUCCAUGUGCAUCCUCUCCACCAUCUAUUGGAUGCGGUACUGGCACGGCGGCUUUGCCUGGGAUGGCACCAUACUCACGUUCAACUGGCACCCGGUGCUCAUGGUGACUGGCAUGGUGGUGCUCUACAGUGCUGCGUCGCUGGCGUACCGCCUGCCCCAGUCAUGGGUAGGGCCCAAGCUGCCCUGGAAGUUGGGCCACGCAGCCAUGCACCUGAUGGCCUUCAUCCUGACUGUGCUGGGGCUGGCGGCCGUCUUUAACUUUCACAACCACGAGAAGAUCCCCAACCUCUACUCCCUGCACAGCUGGCUGGGCAUCACCACCGUCUUCCUCUUCGCCUGCCAGUGGUUCUUGGGCUUUGUGGUCUUUCUGCUGCCCUGGGCGUCUGUGCGGCUGCGCAGCCUCCUUAAACCCAUCCACGUCUUCUUUGGAGCCUCCAUUCUCUCUCUGGCCAUUGCGUCUGUCAUUUCCGGCAUCAAUGAGAAGCUCUUCUUCAGUUUGAAAAAUAGCACCACUUCAUACUCCAACCUGCCCGGUGAGGCCGUCUUUGCGAACAGUGCGGGGAUGCUGGUGGUGGUCUUUGGGCUGCUGGUGCUCUAUAUCUUACAGGCCUCGUCUUGGAAACGCCCAGAGCCGGGGCUCCAGGCCGAAAGACAGACCCUGUUGCACGGGGAGGAGUGAAGCAGGAGGGGGUUCCAGGAGCAGUCGCCAGGCGGUCUUCAGAGGCUCUGCUUUCCCGGGGGCUCCCGUCUGGUUCGGGGCCCCAGUCCCCCUUGCCUCUGUGCUGGGCCUGCUCUCCCCACAGCCUGCAGCCCACCCCCUCUCCUUGGUGGCUUUGGCUGCUCCAGCCCUUCUUGGCAUUGACUUCCCAGGUCCUCUGUUUACCCCGGGCCCCCUUGCUCUGGCUGCCCGCGCCGCUCCUGCUUACAAGGAGUCAAGGUCAUUUCCCCUUCAGACCCCCGGGGAUGUGGGAGAAAAGCCUGACGGCUCAGAUGAGCUGGGAGUGGAGCGCAGCCUGUGCUGUGAACGUGAGGGAGGCGACGCUUCCAUCAGCUUUCCCCGUGCAGGUCAGGCCACCCGCCCUGGGUAGCGCUUCUUCUGCUCUGGUCUCCAUCCAGCCCCUCCAGACGUGAGGCGGGGCGGACACGCGUGCGCGCGGUGGAGGGAGAGGGGCCAAGGGCAGAGCCGCUCCGCAGAGAAGCUGAGGGCCCCCUGCUCCCAAUGGUCAUUUCCUGCUGCCGCUGCCUCGUGUCUACACACGUGCCCUUCUUGCUGCUGCUACAGCCAGGGCCUGGAUCCCGGCCUUUCCCUGUGACUGACACGCCCAUCACCGUCGGACAGCUCUCUGAACCCUGGUGGCCCUGUGUCCAAACCCUGGAAGCGGCCUUUCCCUUCCCUCCCCUCCCCAGGCCCGGGCACCUUCAACCUUGCUGUCUCGGCAGGGCCCUUGGCCAGCUGUUGUCAACGUGCCAGCUUACCAUGAAACGUGCCGAAGAUGUGAUGUGUCGUGCCCAGCAGAGCCCUGGGAGUACGGCCGCUUCUGGAGCCUUCCUUGCUGAGUGUCAAAGUGCCUCACAUGCCCGUACAGCAGCCACCCGCCUGGCAGACCCAGUCUCAGGUGUAAUGCUGCAGCGUGUGCCCUUGCUCUUUUCCUGACGAGACCGGGGUGGUGGGUCUUGCUUCUGUGUUGGCAUCGCAGCUUUUCCUGCUCUCUGCAAACCACUGCUGCCAGGCCCUGGGCUCAGUACUGUUGUGCUUAGGUGACAAGCAGCACAACACCAGGGGCCCCAAGUGGGCUUACUGCUUGGCAGGUGGCCACAAAGCUGGCCGUCCACCCUGCCCCAUGUGGCCAGAUGCUGGCGGGAGGCUACGGCGGAACUUCCUGAUCCACUGGAAUGACUGCCAGGCACCUUGGUCCCAGGACCACCUACACCCCUUUCCAUGUGGGUAGGCGUUUCACUUACGAAGCUGGAUUUUCAUUAAAUGUGUUUUUUAAGAAUCAAA